GACAGGGUCGGGGCUGAACUGUAGUUUGCUGGAGUCGGGAGGGGCGGGAUGCCACCCGUCGCGGCUCUCGUCUCCUUUUGAUCUCCUCCCCCAUUUCGAAAGCAAAUUUCUAGGCGGGAGAGAGAGGCGGAGAUGGCUGCGGUCAUGGCUGAAACCCUAGCGCUGGCCCCGGUGGAGGACCCCGAGGCGCCCCUCGACGCGGCCGCCAUCCGAAGCCGGUUCGAGCAGCUCUCCACGCUGUGGGGAGGGGACGAGGAGGAGCCGGUGGAUGCUGCGGCGGAGGACGAGCUGCGCUCCGGGUGCGAGGCGGAUAUGCAGGCGGAGGAUGCGUGGGACUCCAGCGCUGCUGAGCUAGAGAGUCGCUGCUUGGAUUCGUACAUUGAGUGGUUGAGAAAGGAGGUGAGCUUGGCAGAGGAGGAGAACUGCAAGUUAUCUGCCGAGAUUAGUGUCAUUGGAGAGACAGUGUUCAAAGACACGAUUCCGCUGGAUGCUGAGAUUGAAUCACUGGAGUCUUCACUGAACACACUUGAUUCAGAGGGUUUGAAACAUUCGAAAGCAAGUCCUAUCUCAACUGAUUCAGGCUUCAACCAAAUAGAUAUUGAGAAGGACUGCAAAUAUCAGGAACUGAAACUAGAUCAUCAAAUGGGAAGAAGUGAGAUGGACUUGAAGCUGCUACAAAUACAAAGUAUUUCAAUGCAAAGGGAUGAAGAAAUGUGGCAGCUUCAAUCUCUGGUUUCAGGACCAAAGGUCUUAGAGUUUAAAGACAAUUGUCUCAGGGUGCUCCUGAAGGCACCUAUACUGACCUCGGAAUGUGUAAUUCUUGGACAAAAGUUGGAUUGUGUUGUUGAUUCUUUUGUUUCAGAUCAUGAGUUACUGAUAGAAGUUGAUGAAGGAAGCAUGGAACUGAAUAAAGUCCAGAUCUUUCCUGCUGAUGUUUGUGUAGAUAUACUGAUUGAGAAGCUCAAGUCCUCCAGAGAGGUCAUUUCCGCUCCAUCUUUGGGAUGGCUCAUUCGGCAAUGUCAACAACAUAUUGUAAUCAACACUCUAAGACGAUCGUUGGUGAAUGAUGCCAAUAAUUCCAGGCAUUCUUUCGAGUACUUUGACAAAGAUGAAACAAUCGUAGCUCAUUUGGUUGGUGCAAUCGAUGCCUUCUUCAAGAUAUCUGCAGAUUGGCCACUGUCGUCCUAUGGUCUGAAGUUAAUCUCAAUCCGCAAUUCAGGGACUCAGCCAACGAAUAUAACUUUAGAUUUGCUCUGCAAGACCAAGGAACUUGCCAAUGGCUUGGAGGUUGAGACUCGUCGGCAUCUGGUAAGAUUUGUAGACGCCGUUGAGGAGAUUCUUGUUCGGGAGAUGCAGUCAGAGCUCCACUCCAGCAGGGUUUCUGCUUAGAAUCGAUUUCUGGGCUCGGCUUCUCAUCAAGUUGAUGGCAGACAGGAGCCCAAUUCAGAUUUAGUCCUUUCUUGUAUUGUGGUAAAAAAAAAGGUGUGCGCAAAGCUUGAACCGUCGAAAGAUCAGGCGGGAUUGUGGUUGUAUUGGUUCUUUAUACCAGACUGUUAAACUGUGUCCUCCAGUGCACUGUUCAAUUGA